CAAGUCAUGUGUAUUCGGGUGGAGAUCCCAUUAAAAUCACACACGAACCUUUUACAGAUGCAAAUGUGCCACGAAUGUCUGCGUCCUGCCGCCACUCGGCUCACUUUGAUCACCUCUGACGGAAGGCUGGCUGGCUGGAUAUUUAAUGCCAUUCGUAGAGAUGUCCGAUCAUUUCAAUCUGACCACCGGUAGAGUUAGGUCACAAUGGCAGUCGUGCAUGGCAACCUUGGGAAUGGACACUUAAAACAGUUCCAGCUGUUUCCAACUGCAGAUUUGGAAAGGAGGACUAACAUGCACACAACAGAUUACGUAGCUCAAGACAGGAUGAAGUUCCUCCAUGGCGUCACCAGAGCGGACAGCGCGAGCUUGUUUACGCACCGCAGAAAACGCACUAACUUCACGCAGCAGCAGAUCGACGUCCUGGAGAAAGUCUACUUGGACACCAAAUACCCUGAUAUUUAUUUAAGGGAGAAACUUGAGGCACUGACCGGCUUGCCAGAGUCGAGAAUUCAGGUGUGGUUCCAGAACCGAAGAGCCAAGUCACGGCGCCAAGUGGGAAUUCCUGUUUCAAAUAAGACCAGUGGAAAUGUCCUGACCCCCAACAGUCUCCUUAUGAACCAGUUUACAACACCUCAGAAUCACACUGGCCUGGAGACACAAAGACUGCCAAACUUCACCACGAUGGACAACUUCAGUCAACACCUGAUCAGCUCUUCAGAUGAGAAGAUCUGCACCAUGAAAGGUGACGUGUACAACCCAACCACGAUUCCAUGCAUGUUCAGCAGAACUGAGGAGAACCAGAUCAAGACCGAUCACCUGAGUGUUGUGGUGCCACGCAAUUACACACAGCCGUAUCCAAAGGGACAUGGGCCUUUUAUAAACACAAGCCAUGCUAAAUCUACAAUGAAGCAGUUUUUGGUGGAAUAUGAUAACUUCCCUCCAAACAAGACCAUUGGGCCAGAGAUGAAGGUUGUUAUUCCACCCCUCCCAUCACAGAAUAACUUCAUGAUGUCUUCAUCAUCCCCCAAACAUGUCGCCUGUUCUGUCCAAAAUAUGCCAGUAAAGGUCCAGCCAGAAAGUUUUGGAACUUUCUCUCCCAUUAGAACAAGCGAAGCCGUCGAGUUCUCAGAUUCCGACUCGGAUUGGGAAAGAGAAGCCAUGUCUGGUUUUAAUGGGUUUAUUUAGCUUUUUCAAUUUUAACACUCUUACAGAAUUUAUCUGAAGCUUUGAAGAACAUCUCAAGUUUUAAAAUGCGAUAUUUAUUGUAUAUUUCAGAUAUUAUUGUAUAUUGUUAUGUGUGAUUAUCACACAAUGUGGGUGUAAAGGGAGACAUUCUACAUUCUAAUAAAUCUUUUUUUUAUAAAACAUCAAAAUACAGACUCUGAGCCUUUAUGAAGAUAAUAGAAAUCAAUUUAUUUACAAAUGUUUGUGUCAUGCAUACACUUAACAGGUUAAAAAAGAACCCCACAGAAAACAAACUCUUUUAAAACAUACACCAGAGGGGCAUUUGGGUGAUCAUUUCUUCUAAGGACAAGACAAACUGUUUAAUUCCACACAGCUGUCUAUUAUAGGACUUGUAUAAACAGAUUGGUAGCUUUGCAAAAAUACCUAAAUCUGGCAAGUCAAAAAAUGUCCACAUUACCCUAUAUAUGAUCAAUUUAUUGAUAUAGUUUGAGUGAACUGUACAGUUAUCUACAAUGUACAUAUUUAAAACAUACAGAACGGUUUAAAACAGACAGAACAGUACCUCAUCUCUCAGGGCACUCAAAGCUAUGCACUUGGUGAAAGAAACAGAGGAAAUAAAAUUACACAAAACAGUUUCAGUCAAAACAAACUGCACCAAAUAAAGAGCGUCACCCCAGUUGGAAACCACCAAUAAUAAUGGGAAACUUAAAUAUCAAAUUGAGUGUGAGCAACAUCUGAAAUAAUGUAAAACAGUUACAUCUACAAAACAACUUCACACUCUACUUUUUUUUUUGCCAGCUAGUUGAAAAUCUUCAGACAACUUUGGCGUCUUCGGGCAUGGAAUUUUAGCACUGCUUGUGCAGGUAAAGUUACUGUUAUUUCAGAAUGAACACAAAAUAACAAA